AUGUCCACCAUUUUUGUUCUUGGCUGCCCACCGCCUGUCACUCCCAGCUGUCUCAGCUGCCCACCGCCUGCCACUCCCAGCUGCCUCAGCUGCCCACCGCCUGUCACUCAGCUGCCUCAGCUGCCCACCCCCUGCCACUCCCAGCUGCCUCAGCUGCCCACCGCCUGGCGCUCCCAGCUGCAUCAGCUGCCCACCGCCUGCCUCUCCCAGCUGCCUCAGCUGCCCACCGCCUGCCACUCCCAGCUGCCUCAGCUGCCCACCGCCUGUCACUCUCAGCUGCCCACCGCCUGCCUCUCCCAGCUGUCUCAGCUGCCCACCGCCUGCCACUCCCAGCUGCCUCAGCUGCCCACCGCCUGCCACUCCCAGCUGCCUCAGCUGCCCACCGCCUGCCACUCCCAGCUGCCUCAGCUGCCCACCGCCUGUCACUCCCAGCUGUCUCAGCUGCCCACCGCCUGCCACUCCCAGCUACCUCAGCUGCCCACCGCCUGUCACUCCCAGCUGUCUCAGCUGCCCACCGCCUGUCACUCCCAGCUGCCUCAGCUGCCCACCGCCUGCCUCUCCCAGCUGUCUCAGCUGCCCACCGCCUGUCACUCCCAGCUGCCUCAGCUGCCCACCGCCUGUCACUCCCAGCUGUCUCAGCUGCCCACCGCCUGUCACUCCCAGCUGCCUCAGCUGCCCACCGCACGGCAGGUCUACACAGGACUCUUGAAGUCUUGCACAACACCGCCGACGCCUCCCACAGGCGACCUGGAGCUUGCUCUGGUAAAGACGAGAGCUGUCCGCCCAAGACCAUCUUGA